AUGGACGACCUGAAGCGGAUGCUGGAGAGUAGGAAGGAGGCGAGGCCGGGCAGCGUCGCAAGCGGCUGCAAGGCCGUCGAGAAGUUCCUCGACGACGGAUACUACGACAACCGUCGACUCCCUGAGCUCCUGGGACCGCUACUUAAGCGUGUGUUCUCCAUCGAGACCUACGGCGCCAUCUGUUGGAUGAUGCUGGUCAAUCAGCCAGGAUAUGAAGCCGAUGCCAAAGUGCUGCUUGAGUUUAUGUCUCCAAAAGGACGUCUCUUCCAUACGAUGCAAAAUGGGAGGAACUACUGCCGGUAUGCCAUCCCUGUGGAGAGGUUGCCGCACAUCACUCAGAUGCACCUGUCAUUCCCUGAGGGCAUGAGGCUGCUGGAGCGAUGGCCACAGUACCGGGGCUGCAUUGUGCAUGAUAGGAAUAGCGGCGAAGUCCAGAUCCAAUCCCACCUCCCCACGUGGUUCCUGUUUUGGAUCGUGUUUUACAUCACCCAGAAGGCGCCACGAUCCACCCGUGAGGCCCGCACCCUCAGUGCUGGGCCCAUUUCCAGCCCCCAACGUCUCCGGCAGCUGCCGCAGCAAUUCUUGCAUGGUCUGACACCGCACCAGCAUGGCCUCCAGCCCGAGGGCUCAACUUACCUGCGACUUGUCAGCCGAUAUGUUGAGUUCCUGCUCCCACGGGACAGACCUUUUGUGGAGGGUCCAGCCACUGGCCAUCUGGGUGAUGGCCGCCAUGGGGAUGAUUUCAAGUGCGAUGGUAGACUUCUGCUAUUCAUUCUGGUGGAGCUGUGGCUGACUGACGACCAGGAGCCUCUGAUGGUUGACUCUAAAGGGAAGAAUGUGCAACGUGCUGAGCUCCUGCGGGAAAGAUCGUAUCGGGCACCCACAAAAGAGAUGCUAGAUUGCAUCCGGGUGAUCUUUAGGCAUGUAAACUCUAUCAUGCCCCAGUCUGCCAGCCCCGCGAAGCAGGGACCUCCCAGGCCAGCUCUGGCAGACGUCCCUUGGCUGCCCCACAUACCCAUGUACACACCCCCUGCGCCCAUCGGCAGGUUGCUCGUGCCCAUUGGCCACGGGCCCCUGGGGACGGGACCGGGCUCGGUGGAGGCACAGGUGCUGUACAGGCGGCUCUACAGGCUGAUCAGGCGAACCCUUUGUCAUCACAAGCCCGAGAGCUCUGCAUCUUUGGGCCCCAUCACCGACCUUUUGUUGACACACCUCUCGCCCUGGAAUCCCCCCUUGGGGGUCAAGAAGCCUGUGGUGCAAUUGUCUCCUGCCCGGGAGAGCUUCACGCCAAUCACCAAUCAGCUCCAGCGAUUCAGGCGUGGGGAGGGGCAGGCCAAGUCGCCACCGGGCGUGUACACGCCCACCUGGGAGCCCCACGUGCUGGCCAACCUGCCGUUCUACUGCAUUCUGGUGCCACUCUUCGUUCAGUUCACCUGGAACCGGAUGUCCUAUCGCCCUGACACCGCCAUCCGUGACUUGGUCCGGGUGCUCAGUGCCCUGGCAGCAUCCCCGCUGCUGCUGCAGCUGCUGGGCGACGUUGAGGAUGCCUACAGCCGAUGGCUGGGGGGGCACGGCGCGGAGGCCGAUGGCAGGUUUGGCCGGGGCUUCCUGUCAUACCUUAGGGAGCAGGCUGUGGACUGGGAGAGAUCGGCCAAGAGUGGAAUGAGUCAGGAGGUGCUGCCGGUUUCAGGCGAGUACAGACUCUUCAGAACGGAUGGACAGGGAGCUGCAUGGAUGGUGCAGGAGGUCCUCAUUGCGGCUGACAAAGACUGCAAGAAACGAAGGUAUUUCCAGCAGCUGCAGGACACCGCACGCCGGGUGCUGCCCAUGGACGCCGUCCCGCCGCCCGAGAUGCUGCCCACGGAUGAGUCCCUGUUACACACGUUCAACGAUGACGCGGGGGAUGCCAUGCGGUGGCCCAUCACGUCCUCUGAAGUGACCUGGCUGGUGGAGCCCCUGGUGGUGCUGUCGGACCGGCUGAAUGAGUUGUUCGACCUGCCAGCUGCCCCUCCGGGAGGCUGGUCGAGCGGCCGGCACUGGCGGGGGUCCGAGGACGGCGAUCUGGACUCGCCCCGGCGAGAUGGGUCCCCUGGCGUCCGUUGCAGGUGA